AUGUAUGUGAAAUGGUUUGAUACAGUAAUGUUUUACUAUGUGAUUUUAGUGAAUUUAGUGAAUGUCACUUUUUGUCAUAUUCAAAUUUCCUGCCAGUUCCAUCCCCGUACGUCCCGAUGCUCGCAGGGAACGGAACCCGGAAGACAGAUGCCGGCAUCGGCCGGAGGACAUUACAGGGGAUGCUGCAGGAGGGACAUCGCAGGAGCGCAGGACAAGGUAAAAGAACAACAGAUCCCGGAGCAGCGCCACAUGGUAUUCCCAAGUAUAGCUCAGGGUUACCGCUUGUGCUACACUCGGGAAUACCGCCAGGGGGGU